AUGGCGGACGCGGAGAAUAAGCCGAAGAAGGACAAGAAGAAGAAGGAGAAGCGCGAGCGCGGCGACGGGAAAGUAGACGAGCGCGGCGUCAAAUCGUCGAAGACGUCGAACCCGUCGAAGUCGGCGGCGGCGAAGAAGAAGAAGAAGCCGCCGUCGGACGCGCCGUCGUCCGCGCCGCCGGUCGCCGCCGCCCCGGUCCCGGUCGGGAAGGCGGCGCGCAAGCGCCACCUCGUCCGGUGGUUCCGCGACGCGCUCGCGGACGCGACCGACGACGCCGUCCGCGUCGACUUCCUCGCCGCGCGCGAUUACGCCUCGGUCGCGAACGUGAUUCGGUCGCGCGCGCGCGCGCUCGAACGCCGCGACGCGUCAAAGUCGCACGCGGAGGCGAUUCGAUUGCUCGACAACAAAGGGCACUUCCUGAACAUCGUGGACCAGUGCGUGGAGAAGAAGGAGGAGGAGGAGGCGAGCGCCGCCGCCGCCGCGGUGGCCGAAACCAACCGAGCGCAUUGGGAAAACGUGAAACGCCGGCACCGCGCGAAGGCGCGUCCGCGUCCCGGUUCACACUGGUCCCCAUACGACCGCGUCGGCGUGGUGAACGCCGAUCCUUAA